AAAUUGGUAGGAUGUUUUAAUGAGAAGAGCUCAAUGCAGCAAUUCUCCUAUUAAGGCAUACAGGAUAUAUUCUUCAGUGAAAAGAACUCAAAGCAGGCAGCAUAUCCCCUGUUAAGGCAAAUGCACAGGACUUAUUCCUUGGUUAAAAGGUUGAAAGGGUCUGUAUGGUUUUCAUUUGUCAGAAAACUCUUUCUACAAAUAAAAAAUCGGUUGCAUUGAGUUUGGCGAGCAGCUGACACGUAUCACAUACAAGGUUUUCCUCAGACAAUGGUCAUGUUUCGUGAAAUUAUACUAUGGCUUGGCUAAGCUCCCCAUCGAGUUUAGUCAGUCACACUUAAACGUCCAUUUUCUUAAUCGUUGUUUUAAUCUAGGGCUCUUCACGCUGGGCGCCAUGGGGGGGACGCUCGCUGCCCACGCUCUACCAGGUAUCUUUCUCAUCGCCAUCGGCUUCUGGCACCAGCUCCGCGCGAUCUCCACCUACAUUCGGUCGCCCCGCGACUACUCCGCCAGGCUAUGGCACCCGGUCGCCGGCCUCCGCGGCCGGAUCAAGCACCUCGAGCUCUACAUCCUCCUCCUCGCUCUUCCCAUCGCCAUCGUCUACGAGCUGGCCGCCUCCACCGAUUUCCAGGCCCUCCUCCAGAUCGGCGCCCCCAACACCCGGGUCGUCGACUUCCAGCGCGCCGCCAUGCUCCUCGGCUUCCUCUUCCUUGUCGUCGUGCUGCUCGUCAGUGACACGACGCUGUGGCUUCCACUCCCCGCCGAGGCAGCCUUCCUCCUCUCCGCGGUAGCGUUUGGGAUCGAGUGGAUGGUUCUGUCCCAGCACGGCCAGGAUCUUGAGGGGAAAUGCAAUGCCAUCCUCUCCAACCUCGCGGCAGCGUGCUCGAUCUCAGCGGCACUGCUGGCCUGGAAACCCACUGCCAUCCUCGCCGAUCUGGUGUUGACCGAGUCGAUCCUUCUGCAGGGAUCGUGGCUCGUGCAGUCAGGCUUGACGCUCUUCGUCAAGAGCUUCACGCCGGAGGGCUGCCACCAGCUGCUGGAUCUUCCGCGAGGAGUUGGAGGAAGCACCAAGUGUGAUCUCGAGGAAGCUAGAGCUCGGGCCUUCUCGCUCGUGGACCUGGCUUUUAUCUGUCACCUCCUGGUGGCGAUGGUGGUGAGCUCGCUUCUCUACUGUGGAGUCGCCAGGAGGAGAAGCAGUGGUGGUGGCUACGAUCAUCUGCCAGUUGUGGACAUCGAGUCCAGUAAUGGGAGCUCCAUACCUAUGAAACCGAUCACGAAGCAAGCUCAGUACUAGGAGCCCAAGAAAUAAAAAGAAAAGGAGUAUAGAACCUUUGACGACGAUCGAUCGAAGUUACAAAACUUUGCGAGUCUGGAAAUGAGUCAAUCUGUAACAGAUACCAUACCUGUGCUUUGUGCGUC